GAAUAUUUCUUUCUUUUUAAAGUCUUAGCAUAAUCAAAGGCAUUUCAAAUUUCAAUCAAUAGUCUCAAAAAUCGACAAAUCUCUUCAACAAUGUAUGAGCCACAACAGUUGUCGGACAACAAUGCCGGUGGUUUCAGUGCCGGAGCUGACGUGUCACCUACUCUCCGGCGAACUGAUUCAUCUCUCUCUAAUUCAACUGUUGACCGAACAGUUGACCGAAUGCUCUUCAAUGACCUCGUUGAGAUCGUCCCUCUUGUUCAAUCCCUCAUUGAUCGAAAGGCGAAGUCUUCAUUUACUAGAAGGGGAUCAAUGACCUACACCAAAACGCCUUCAAGAGAGUCUCUAUACAAGAAGACUUCUGAAGCAAAAGGAAGGAACGCAGCUCAAUCAAAUGCAACGAAAAAGCAUAGGGACCAAAAUAAAAAUGUUGGCGGUGACCAAGAUGGAUUUGCUGAGAACAUUUCAAUGCUUUCCUCAAGGUCAUAUUUGUCAGAAAAAGAUAGAGAAGAAUUAAAGGCUUUGAGGGAGCAAGUGGAGGAUAUGCAAAAAAAGUUAUUGGAGAAAGAUGAACUUUUGAAGGAAAUAGAGGUGUCAAAGAAUGAAAUGGCUUCUAUUUAUGCUAAACUAGAUGUAAUGAAAAAGGAAUAUGCAGAAAAGGACUCUUUACUCGAUUCGACUCAAGCGAAACUCUCUGAUGCGAAGGUUAAGCUAGCCGACAAGCAGGCAGCAGUGGAGAAGUUAGAAUGGGAAGCGACGACUUCAAGAAAGAAAGUGGAGAAGCUGCAGGAAGAUCUAGAGGUGGUGCAGCGAGAAAUAGCAUUUUUCAUGCUGUUUGUUCAAAAGUUGACAAAGAAUGGUUCCAGGGGUUUAGCUGAAGAUUAUGAUGUUAUCCCUUACUUAUGUGACAAGAACAUCGAAACGGGUCAACCAAAUGAAACAGGAAUGCAGGAAGUAGAGUUGGCAAGAGAAGCUUAUAUUGCAGCAAUUGCCGCUGCUAAAGAAAAUCAAGAUGAAGCAUCUUUUUCCGCAGCUGCCAAAGCAAGAUUAUAUCUGCAGUCACUUGUUCUGAGAACAUAAACAUGGAUUCUAGUUGGACUUCUAUCGUUUGUAUUACUCUGCAGAUGAUGUUGUUUAAAUAAUUUAUGUUGACAGUAAAUUUCUCAAGCAAUUGUACAACAACAUGCCCACGAUUGAUUACCGAUAUACAGAAGCUCUCUGUUGCUACUUUUGGGUGUAAUUAGUGAGUAAUGUGCUGGAAUUCUGAAUAGUGUUGUUGGAUGUUACUUUUUUGUUUCUUUGA